AUGGAACUAUACUACAUUGAGCGCUCGUUCAAACCAAACAAACCCCUAUAUUGGCCACAGGCCCUAAUCAAUGAGAAGGCGACCCCCGAAAUCUUGUCAUACAGAGAUGAUCUGGUGGACGAUGUAAUUGAGCAAAUCAAAUCACAGGAGGAAAAUGUACAGGCUGCAGGUACGGCAAACGUGGCGAAUCUAUUUAUAGCGCAACUAUAUAUGAAAGAAAUUGAGCGAUUACGAUACCUCGUGAGCAGCUACUUACGGACCCGACUAUGGAAGAUCGAGGAACACGCUUUGUACAUACUACAAAAUGAGACGUUACGAAAUCGAUUAUCGGAUAAGGAAUUCGAAGUGGCUCAGAAGUACGCAGAAAUCGAAAGGAAGGCACUAGACGACGCUUUUAUAUCUCUUUUGCCAAAUGAUCCACUCCAGCGAGAUGAAAUGGUGACCGCUGUUCCGCCAGAACUCAACAGGCCAGUCUUCUGUAAAGUUUUGGAAGAUGUGGAUGUACCACUUGAAGACGGGGCACCGUUGGAGCUCAGCAAGAAUGAUAUAGUGCUGACGAGGUACAGCUACAUCCGAGAUGUAGCCAACGAAGAUAACAGCCCAAUCCAAUUCAUAUGAUAUAAUGGUGCUAGAAACUGUUAUGAUACAGUUUACGGAAAUAUUUCGAGUAUUAUCAUAGACAAUCCUACCCGCACCUUGACCCUGCUAUCGUCGUGUGGUUCGCUCACAACCCACGAAAUCGCUCGAUGCUUUUUAGCAUUGAUUUCUCGUGUCCUUCAUCACAAUAGUGAAUAGGUGACCUUAUCCUAUCACCGUACUGGCUAUUGACGAAUAGUAGAGGUAGUAUUUCUAGUCGUCUGGUUGCACAUGGUUGUUGCGGCACUUCUGGAAUGGAUUUUUCUGGUGGUUACACUGCAAUGCUUGUUUUAUUGGCUGCAUGGUCGCAUCGAUAGUACGCAUCCGAAAGCUACACAUAUCGCAAGCUAGUCCUAUAAUCAAGCUCGUUCUCAACUAUCGAUUGGCAAUAAGUGGGUCAUCCCACUCAAUACCAGAUAUGAAGAUUGUGAUAGGAAGUACGUCGUAUAUUGAUCUCAUGCUACGACAUCGAUCGAAGGGUUGGUGACCAUAUCAGACCACUAGAACCAGGGUAAAUGGCUCUAGCCGAUCAUUUAACCAUGGAACACGUACUCACGUAUUGGUAUGUACACGAUUGCUUUCCAAAUUACCAGCAGCUUAACGCUACCUAGUAUAUAUUGCGGUAGCCAUGCAAUGAUUAACGGCGGUGAAAAAUUAAAAUUUAUUCGAGCGCGA